CCAUCCCCAUACGGGAAUUGGAUUCCGUGACUCCGCCCUCUCGCUUCUCUUCUCUCACCUUCUUCUCUCUCUCUCUCUCUCUCUCUCUCUCUCUCUCUCUCUCUUCCCUGUACUUGAAGCCAAAGCCAACCCAAGAAGCAAAAUCUCAGCUCAAAAUUUUCAAGCAGAAUCGCAGCUGCUUAGAUCGAGAAGUGGGAAAGCAUCGUUUCGUGAUCCCUGAGCUUGCUUGGGCCGGAUCUGGACGAGGUCCAAGGAGGCAUUGGAUAGAAUCGGAGCCGUUCGAUCUCGUUGAUCCGACGGCGAUGGGUCUCUCGAGCCUGCCGACGCCCUCGGAGGGCAUGCUGACCCUCCUCCUGGUGAACACCGCCCUCAUCGUCUCCGUCCUCAAGGAGAUCGUCCGCUUCGUCCUGCACGUCCUCGGCUUCCGCCCCUUCCCCCGGGCUCCGGACCCGACCGGUUUGGUCUCCGCUUCCGAUAGGCCUCCGGAGCCCACCCUCACCGACCGCUUCCGGAGCCGGUUCAAGCCCAUCCGGUUCGGGUCGGCCUUCGAGCGGCGGCGCCAGCAGGUGGUCGACUGCCGGGUUUGCCUAACCCGGUUCGAGCCGGAGUCGGUGGUGAACCGCCUCUCCUGCGGCCACCUCUUCCACAAGGCCUGCCUCGAGCGCUGGCUCGACUACCAUCACGCCACGUGUCCCCUCUGCCGGUCCCACUUCCUUCCGACCGACGAGCCACCGUCCCCCCCGCCGCCGCCGCCUCUUCUUCGCUCUGGUAUUAGUAGUAAUUACGGCGCUUGCCACUGCGCAGAGGGUUCUCAGUAGUGUUUGAUUCGGUGAUGAUACCCGGUAUCUUUUUUUCAAAUUUCUUUUUUUUUUGUGGUCGUAAUUAUUGUAAAUAUAUGACGACUGUUGUGUGUACACUUUUGGUGAUGAUGCACGGUAUCUUUUUUUAGAUUUUUUUUCCUAUUGUAGUUUUAUUCCUUGUAAAUAUAUGACGACUUUUGUGUGUACGGUUAAACUUUCUGUGAGGAACUAAAAAUGCCCUUUUUUCUCUAAA